AUGGUUGAGCAGAAUGCGGCAUCUUUGACGGCGGUAGGUUGCCAGCCAGCCAAGAAACGAACCGACGACGAUGUGAUCUAUCUCGGCACCUACAAAGUGAAGGAUUCUACUCAUACCGUCGAUGCCUCUCAGAGCACAACCGAGCGAAACAGCCAAAUUCGUCGAGACCACGUAUCAUCAACUCGGUCAGGGCUUCGAAAGACCCAUCACGGGAGAAUUGAUACGGCUUCCACGCUGAAAAUACCUGCCGAGAUGACCUACAAGCAUGUCAGACUUGGUGUGAUGAAGGACCUUGCCGAUUUGCGUCGAGCUGUAUAUGGGUUCUUUGACCGUGCAGGGAGGCUUCGCCGCCGUACAGAGAUCUCAAAACGCCCCGGUACAGCUGAUCUAGUUCCUUGGUUGAGCGCCGCUCUUGUCGCUCAUGAUCAAGUCGAAUAUCGUCCAUGCUUCCGAGGAUUAACACAUCGACAACUUUUUCGGGAAAUGAGGGUCGCCGUAAUGCUCGACGAUGUCGCUCUGAUGUUCAAGUACUGCCGGCCUACGGUCAAAAAUGACCACUUUGACGACCAGCAUCUGGUAGAAAGAGAGCGUGCUGUACAGCGUAUCGAUUUCAUUCGGUGCAACCAUCCUCAAUGCCAGUAUGACCCAAGUUCCCGACAUUGGAUGCGUUCAGACGACAUGUACGGACCUUAA